ACACAGAGCUGUAGAACACAGGGUAGUAGAACACAGAGCUGUAGAACACAGGGUAGUAGAACACAGAGCUGUAGAACACAGGGUAGUAGAACACAGGGUAGUAGAACACAGAGCUGUAGAACACAGAGCUGUAGAACACAGGGUAGUAGAACACAGAGCUGUAACACAGAGCUGUAGAACACAGGGUAGUAGAACACAGGGCUGUAGAACACAGAGCUGUAGAACACAGGGCUCUAGAACACAGGGCAGUAGAACACCAGUGUUGUGUGUGUGUGUGUGUGUGUGUGUGUGUGUGUGAGAGAGAGAGAGAGAGAGAGAGAGGUGUGUGGGAAAGAGACACUUUCUACAGAGACACUUUCUACAGGUCAGUAGAACACAGAGCAGAACUCAGGGUAGUAGAACACAGGGCAGUACAACACAGAGCAGCAGAACUCAGGGCAGGAGAACACAGAGCAGCAGAACUCAGGGUAGUAGAACUCAGAGCAGAACUCCAGGUGCUCCAGGGCUAGUGUGUGGGAUGGUGGUUUCUACAGCGCCUCUUGACCAACGCCUCUCCACCUACCGAUGAGUUCACUGGCCCACAGCAGUGAUGCACAGGAGGAGGAGUCUCAGGAAGGGACAGGGCUGACAAAGGCGGAGCUGCUGGACAUCACUUUUGAAGCAUGUGACGUCAUGGCAACGGGGCGGGUGUGUGGCUCAGAAGUGCUACGGUACCUGCGCUCGGUGACUGGUCAGAGCCGUGGUCAGGAGGAGCUGGCGAUGCUGCAAAGCAUGCUGGACCCUAAGGGGGCGGACCCAGCACUGGACCGACUCCGAUUCCACGCCAUCAUGAACUCUUGGAUACACCACUGCAGCCAGCAGAGAGAAGACUCCAGUCAGACUGCAGCUGAACUUGAGACUGAAAGCGUCCGAGGUGCGGAGUUUUGUCCUUCAGACCCUGAGCCCUAUGACAGCCCCAGUCAGGUUCAGUUGCUGCAGUGUGAGUUGGCGGAGGUGAAACAUGUGUGCCAGGCGCUCCGUUAUCAGAAUGUUGACCUGAUGAGGGCCGUUACCCAUAGCGACGACCUCAACCUGCAGCUCACCAUGGAGAUGACCGAGUCACGCAGCAAACUGACCAGUGCCCAGCUGGCGGAGGUGAGGGUGGAGUCUCUGUGUGAAGAGCUGGAUGAGGUGCGUCAGGCUCUGAGGGAGAGUCAGGACCAGCAGGCACUCAGCCAGGACGCCUAUAACUCUCUGGUAAAGGAAAAUGAAAACUUGAAAGCCGAGCUGAAGGCCGUUGAGGAAAAGAGUGAGAGGUGGGGUUUGGAGAGGAGUCUGUCUGAGGAGCAGCUCAACAAACUGAGGAAGGCCAACACCCGCAUCAAGGCCGAGCUUGAGGAAUGUCACCUCCUGGUGGCUAUAAAAGACAGCGAAGCCUCCAAGAAAACGGUUCUGCUAGAACAUCUGAAGAACCUGCAGCUGCAAAGCCACAGAAACAUAGAGGGUCUACAGGCUGAGUUGCUGAGGUUGCAGGAACAGUCCCGUAAAACACUGCACAGGUUGGAGAGCCAAUCUCUGUAUGGUCCACUGAGGAGGGGCGGGGCCAGUUCUAACCAUCACUCCCUACGGCAAGAACUCCACAGUCUGCAGACGCAAGGUGGGGGUGUGGAGGAAGGGGUGUCUCAAGCAGGCGGAGCCUCAGAUCUGCAUCCCACCCUGAAGAGCAUCAUCAACAGGAUCAAAGCCCACGACCUCUCACACUGCACUGAGACGAAUGCUAUGGAGAGCAUGGCUGAUACUGAGGUGAUACAGGAAACACCAAGCUACAUAAACAUCAAUAAACAGCUACUCAUCAGCCUGUUGUGUAAGGUUGAGCAGCAGCAGCGUGCUGUCUGUGUGGAGCAUGUAGAGGUGCACUCUGUAGCCAUGACCAGCAGGGGGCACUGUGCUCCAACACACACACCGCUGGAGGCUGAGCAGGAACACACACACACAGGUCCAGCAGCUGCAGACUGA